UGGGAUCUUAAUACACACACCCCCACAGCAAAACCUCUGAAGUCUGAACCAAUAUCGAAAAAAAAUGGCAGAUAAAGUUUUCCAAAUACCUCUUAUGACUCCCUAUAAAAUGGGAAAUUUUGAGCUUUCUCACAGAGUAGUUUUGGCACCAUUAACAAGGCAAAGGUCGUAUGGGAAUGUCCCACAACCACAUGCGAUCUUAUAUUAUUCACAAAGAACAUCCAAAGGAGGCCUUCUCAUUUCUGAAGCCACCGGAGUUUCAGACACUGCCCAAGGCUAUCCAGAGACACCGGGUAUAUGGACGAAGGAACAUGUUGAGGCCUGGAAGCCCAUUGUAGAUGCUGUUCAUGCCAAAGGCGGAAUUUUUUUCUGUCAAAUUUGGCAUGUUGGGAGGGUUUCUAAUACAGGAUUUCAGCCCAAUGGGCAAGCCCCAAUCUCUUCCUCAGAUAAAGAACUAACUCCUCAAGUGCGAAGCAAUGGCAUUGAUGUUGCACAAUUCUCACCUCCAAGAAAGCUACGUACGGAGGAGAUUCCUGUUAUUGUUAAUGAUUUCAGACUUGCUGCAAAAAAUGCAAUGGAAGCUGGUUUUGACGGAGUUGAGAUCCAUGGUGCUCAUGGUUAUCUAAUUGACCAAUUUAUGAAAGAUGAAAUAAAUGACAGAACCGACAAGUACGGUGGCUCUCUAGAAAAUCGCUGCAGAUUCGCUCUAGAAAUUGUUGAAGCUAUUGCAGAUGAAAUAGGAGCAGAAAAAGUCGGGAUAAGAUUAUCCCCUUUCGCAAACUAUAUGCAGUCAGGUGACUCGGAUCCAAAGGCUUUAGGGCUUUACAUGGCUAAAUCUUUGAAUGCAUAUAAGAUUGCAUAUUGUCAUAUGGUCGAACCAAGGAUGAAAACUGUUGGUGAAAAAGUUGAAUGCCCAGAUAGUCUUGUGCCAAUGAGAAAAGCAUUCAAUGGUACUUUCAUUUCUGCUGGAGGGUAUGACAUGGAAGAGGGUAACAAGGCUGUGGCUGAAAACCGAACGGAUCUUGUUGCUUAUGGUCGUUUGUUUUUGGCAAAUCCAGAUUUACCAAAAAGAUUUGAGCUUAAUGCCCCUCUUAACAAGUACAAUAGAGAGACAUUUUAUAUACCUGAUCCAGUUAUUGGGUACACUGAUUAUCCUUUUUUGGAAACCACAGUUUGAAUCUGUUAAAACUGAUCCACUUGAUAAGAAGGCAAUAGUCAUCGUAAGUUGGAAGCUUGAUAAUUCUUGUAAAGUUGAUUUGAAGUGAUGCAUAUUAUUGGUGAUGAUAAAUGGCGAUAUUAAUAAUGUAUUUGCCUUGGCGAUAAUAAUGUAUUCAGAAUAAUAUGUUUAACCGUGGAAACUUUAUAUUGGUGAUGAUAAAUGGCGAUAUUAAUGUUUUUAUAGUAAAAUAAAAAAUAAUGUAUUUGCCUUUUGUUUAAAUUGAUUAUGAAAUCCAAAAACCCCUUAUAUAGUCA